GGGUGGUCACUUGUCAUUUUUCACACCAAACCUGUUUUGCGCGGAUCGCGACGGAAAGAAGCAGCGCGCAACCUACCAGCUUCUCUCCCGAACACAUUCGACCACCAACUUGAUCACGCCCUCCCAAACCCAGCCGGAACACGAUCCGAUCUCAUAAUUUGCCGAAUCGCCACAGCGGGAACGGCACUUGAGCAUGGGCUCAGGGAUGGGCAUGCCAACCAUGAAUGAUGGGCGGCCGACACUACAGCAUUUUGGUUUUUCUUUUCUCUUUUGUCCUGGGUUGGAUUGGGAAAAAGACUUGGGUGGCUGGGGAAAACUGCUUUUCAUUGCAUCUAGACUUUCUGUAUUUUCUUGUAUUUUCCCACCUUGUUAUGGGAUGUACUACCACAUCGGGAUGGAUCUCCUCGCGGAGACAGCCAUCAUCACCCGCACAGCGCAUCAUGGCCCCUAUUUCCUUUUCAUGUCACAUCACACCAUCAUCAUCGUCACAUCACCACUGUACACCAUCUGGCAUUAUUUUGGAGGAUACACAUUUUGGGGCAUCAGUUUCCCUUGGUAUCUCCAGCCAUGAAAAGGGCAGUCAGUGUUCGCUUGGCUGGAUCCAGGUUAUACAAGAUACCCCCUCUCGUCUUUUGUUUAGUUAAUCCCCUCCCUGCACCCCUUAUAUCGGAUCUCACUCAUGUAUAAAGAAACAGUCGGAGGAUGGAUAAUUAAAGUAGUUAUAUAGAUUAGCGAAAGAACAAGCUUGGUCUAUACAUC